GACCAACUCGCUGAUGACAACAUUAACACUUUUAAUUUCAAUGAACCUGGCUGACUCUCAUCUUCUUCAUCUUAAGCCCCCUCGCUCCUCUGUUGUGCCCGCGUCCAUCCUCCAUCAGUGUCCCUCCACCUGGACCUUCAAAGGCUUCCUUCCCCAACGUUGCCCACGAGGAGCUUACACAGUACCAAGGCCACUCCUCCUCCUCCUCGUCCUCCUCCCUCCUCGUCAUCCGUUAUGGAGAUUCAAUGGCCCAUGACUCCCUCCUCAUAAGGAGCAUGAAUCGAUCCAAAGGGCUGGUCCCUCGCGGCGGUGCCAACGGCUACCCUGCCCCCGAUCCAUAUCGGGGACCCAGUCAGGACCCGUUUCAUCGCCGCAAGCAGAUUAACACGCUACGCAUUUUCAAUGAGAAUGUCUCGGAAAUCCGGCCCGAUGUUCAGUAUCACGUGGAUUUCCGGGCCGUCAACGGCCAAGCCUUCCAAUUGCGCGUGUUCUUACCGCCCGGGUUUCCUAGUCAACGUCCGGAUAUGGCUUUAAGCCCGCCGGGCUCCCACCCUUGGCUGGAUCAGUCGGGCCAAGUCGUGGGCGCCCCUGGGCUGCUCAACUACUCGGUCUUGUCCGAUUUGGGACGAGUGGUGCAAGCCAUCAAGCGGGAAUUGGAGAAGAACCCGCCCAAAGUCUCGACUAGCGGGCCGGAGUCCAAGACUUCACCCGAACAGCCGCUCGGAGCCGUGAGUCGGGUCAGUCGGCCGACGCCCGUGAUAUCGGUCAUUCCGGGACUGAGUGAUUUGAGCCCGGAGGAGUUGACUGAGCUCUCGGAAAGUGAUAUCGCCUUGAGACAUUUCUGUCAGACUAUGCCUAAUCCGGAUUUGGAUGCGCUGAACCUGACCCUGGAACAGACCCGCGAGCGAAUUCAGACUUUAGCCCACGACAACCAAAACUUGGGUCAGAGCCUUCAAGACCAAAAAGAUCGAAUCUCCGAGGCCAUUCAGCCUUGGUCAAAAGUUCGAGAUGAGUUAAGCGCCGCCCUCCCUGAAUGUGCGGCAUCGCGUCAGAAAGUGAAUCUUCCGACGUUGGUGGAGAGAUUGGCUCAAGCCAGCGUCCAGUCCGAAGAGGACAGCGAAGCCAUGGCCGAGAAGUUCCAGGCGGGCGACAUGAGCGUGGAGACAUUCAUGAAAGAGUUCGUAGCCUCGCGAUCGGCCUACCAUUUACGCCGAACCAAGUUAGACAAGCUCCGUACCUAUUGCCGUUCAGCCAAAAACUGAUUUCCCAGCCAGGUUUUGUAUUCAUUCCACCCGCGUCUUUUAUGGAAGUGCCAGCGGAAAUACUCCGUCUUGGGCUUAUUACAAGUCACUGAUAUGUUUCACCCAUAGCAUAUGUUACCGCAAUAUAUGUGAUAUUUCACCUCUCAUUGAUCAUGGA